GGGAAUCAGUCCAAACAAACGAGUCAAAUCGCUCACCUACCCUAACCACAGAACCAGGAAAGGCUCCUGUGACGGCAGUAGACGAGUGCGAUCAAGCUCUCUCUCUUUUCCCCCGCGUCCUCCAGUCUCAAGAUCAAAUGUCUUCAUGCCCUCAAAUCUCUGCAACCAGACCAACAUUUCACAAAACACAGUGUCACCUCUGAACAGGGUCAGAAGGUCAUUACUUCAGCCUGCACGUCUCCUCGCCCCUCAGCCCAGGAACAACAUCUCACAGCCACACCUAUCUGAGGUCAGCCAUGACCUUUCAGACGAUUGCUGCAGCGUCACAGCUGACCUCUCCUCCACUGUGAGUGUAUUACAUCUGAAGACGUCCCCUCAAGUUCACAGAUCGAAGGCAGACACUAUUACCUCAGACAGGGUCCAGUUUGUAUUUGGGGAAAACAUGGGCGCGAGAGUUUUGAGACCACAGAAAUUGCCCAGCAGUGAACAUUCUGAUUGCAGCUCCUCUAAUUCUGAGUCCUCCACCUUUGAGACAAGGCAUAAAGGUGCUGUGUGGAGCAGCCUGAGGGAGUGUGCUGCAGCUUACACAGAGUCCUGUGGGACGCAGCGUGUGCUCAGGCGGGUUCAGCUGUUCACUGGGGAGGAGAAGGAGAGCAAUGUGGUCCAGCUGACCUGCAGACUGUUUGUUCUGGAAAAAGGAACUCAGGCAUGGAAUGAGCGAGGGAGAGGAGUCCUGCGACUCAAUGAUCUAACAUCAGGGACCAAAGGAGGGCUGCAGUCCAGGAUAGUGAUGAGGCACCAGGGCAGUCUGAAAGUCAUCCUCAACACUAAGCUCUGGCUCCACACACACCUGCGUCGCCCUGCCCGUCGGAACCUCCAGGUGACAGCCACCGACAUGGAGUCCCAGGCCAUCCGGGUGUUCCUCAUCCAGGCCAGCGCCAGGGACGUGGCUCGCCUCUACGUAGCCAUCCACCAUCGGCUGGUAGCCCUACGGGCCAGUGCUGCUGGGAGGGAGGCAGAGGCUGCAGGGGGCAGGACCAGGGAGGGACACUGCAACAGUGAGAAUGAGGAAGAGGAGCAGGAGCAGGAAGAGCAGAGACAACGGCAAGAACGAGAAGGGCUGCUAGUGACACGAUUGCGACCUGUGGAUUGUGAUUGGAUACACAGUAAACCCAGUUUGGAUUCUUGGUGACAUGGCAUUAUAUCCUGACCUGGACCAUGCAACAGUUUGUGGUGUCAUCACAUCUGAACAGAACUUUUAGCCAUCAUGGAACUAAACAUCAAGAGACAGCUUUCAAAAAUAAAUACUAGCAUUUACUGAGCUACCAUGACUGCCUUUUGCCAAGAGAAGAUACUUUUGGUUAUGUAGUGUAUGUGGACACCUGCACGUCGAACAGCUCAUUCCAAAA